UAUGGCGCCGGGGGAGCACAGCGUGCAGAGAAGUUUCAGAAUAGAAACAAAAUUCCAUGUGUAGUUUGACUUUUCAUCAUUUACAAUAUUUGAAUCAUAUCUCAUAACACAAGGAAUCAAUAGUCUGUGAAAAAUGUAUUCCAUAUUUAAGCAGACCCAUCCCCCAACUGGGAUAGAGCAUUGUGUGUACUGUAAUUUUUUCAACACAUCAGAGAGAAAUUUGGUGAUUGCAGCUGUGAAUAAGCUUUAUGUGUAUAGAUUAAAUCCAGAUCCAGAGGAUGAAAAUAAUGAGAAAGAUGAACUUAGGAAACCAGAUUACAAACAGAAACAGAAAAUGGAAUGUCUUGCAACCUUCACUUUGUUUGGAAACAUCAUGUCCAUGAAGUUUGUGAAGCUUCCUGGAGCUCUCAGGGAUUCUCUGCUGCUGAGUUUCUGUGAUGCAAAGUUGUCAGUUGUGGAAUAUGAUCCAGGAACACAUGACUUACAGACUACAUCAUUACAUUACUUUGAGGAACCAUCCUUAAAGAGCGGAUUUUUCACAAAUUACUAUAUCCCAGAGGUAAGAGUUGACCCAGAUGGUCGAUGUGCAGCCAUGCAUGUCUAUGGUUCCCACAUGGUCAUUCUGCCCUUCAAACGAGAUGUCAAAAAUUUUAGUAAAUCUCCCAUUCUCUCUUCUUACAUCAUUGAUUUGAGGAGUUUUGAUGAAAAGAUCAUCAAUGUCAAAGACUUCCAGUUCCUUCAUGGCUACUACGAGCCUACCAUAUUUAUUCUGUUUGAACCUUUGCAAACAUGGGCAGGGAGAACAGCUGUGAGGGCAGACACCUGUAGCAUUGUAGCCAUCUCCCUCAACUUACAGGAAAAAGUACACCCCAUCAUCUGGUCUCUCAGUAGUCUCCCCUUUGACUGCUGCCAAGUAUUGGCUGUGCCCAGACCCAUUGGUGGUGUAAUCGUCAUAGCAGUCAACUCCUUGUUAUAUCUGAAUCAGAGCGUACCUCCUUAUGGCGUCUCACUUAACAGCAUCUCACAGCAGAGUACUCUGUUUCCACUGCGUAUUCAGGAGGGUGUUAGGAUAGCUCUGGACUGCUGUCAAGCUGCUUUUAUGUCAUACGACAAGAUUGUACUGUCACUCAAAGGAGGAGAAUUGUAUGUUAUCUCUUUGUUUGGUAUGUGUUGACAUGGAAUUUUCAGUUUUAACUUUGACAAAUCAGCUGCAAGUGUACUGACGUCAUGUAUGUGUAUUUGUGAAGACGGAUUUCUGUUUCUGGGAUCCAGACUGGGGAACUCUCUUUUGUUAAAAUACACAGAGAAAGCGUCGGAGAGCUUAGAAAAUGGAGACACAGAGAAAAAGAGGGAUGAAGAGCCAGUUGCCAAGAAAAAGAAAGUAGAGGGCUCAACUGAAAUUGCCUCUGAUGUCUCCCAGAUAGAGAAUCUGUAUGACCUGGAGGUAUAUGGCCACGCUGAGAACCCAACAAGUACCACCAUCACCAGCUAUAUAUUUGAGGUGUGUGAUAACAUUUGGAACAUUGGUCCCUGUGGUAACAUUGUGAUGGGGGAGCCCGCCUUUCUGUCUGAGGAGUUCAGUAGUUGUAUUGACCCUGACAUCGAGAUGGUGAUGACCUCAGGUCACGGGAAGAAUGGAGCUCUGUCUGUCGUGCAGCGCAGUAUUCGUCCACAGGUGGUAACCACAUUUGAAUUACCGGGCUGUCUGGACAUGUGGACAGUCAAAAGUAUUGUACCGGGGGAACAAAAGGAAGACAAGGAUACCUCAGAAGAGGAGGGGUUAGGCAGUAACAUAGAGGGGGGUCACUCCUUCCUCAUCCUCAGUAGAAGUGACUCCAGCAUGAUUUUAGAGACUGGUCAGGAAAUGAAUGAACUGGACCACAGUGGCUUCAGCACUCAGACCACAACUAUAUAUGCUGGGAAUAUUGGAGGGGACCGCUAUAUCUUGCAGGUGUCUGACACAGGGCUCAGGCUGCUGGAAGGAGUGAGACAAAUUCAGCAUAUCCCUUUGGACACGGGAUCCCCCGUUAUCCAGUGUUCGGUGGCCGAUCCUUACAUCGUGUUACUGACACAGGAGGGACAGAUCCUGAUGUUCACCCUCAGGACAGAGGCGGUGGGUCUGGGGGUCCGUCUAGUGGUGGGUAGGCCAUCCAUUUCUCAGCAUUCUCAAGUGGAGGUGAUCAGUGCUUAUAAGGACGUGAGUGGCCUGUUUACCUGUAUGAAUCAGGUUGAUGAGGUACAGAUCACACCUGAUACAAAGUCUACAAAAACAGUAGCAGAGAGAUCAUUUAGCAUUGACGCCAAAACAGCAGAUGAGGAGGAUGAGUUAUUGUAUGGAGACAGUGAGGCCCCGGUAUUCCAGAGCUCUGCUAACACCAGUCAGUCAAUGGAGACAGACAGUCCUACAAAAGAGACGAAAAACACAGUGUCGAAGCCCACUUACUGGCUUCUGUUAUGUCGAGAGAAUGGGGUGCUGGAGAUUUACAGCAUGCCGGACUACAAAAUGGUGUAUUAUGUAAAGAAUUUCCCAAUGGGUCAGAAACUCUUGGUAGACUCGGUACAGGUCACAAAAGAGGCAAGCUCACUUGGAGAACGCCAGGAGAAGAUGAAUGCAGAGUGUCCCUCCCUAAAGGAGCUUCUGAUGGUGGGGCUCGGAUAUAAAGAUUCCCGCCCACAUCUUCUGGCCAGGGUUGAAGAUGACCUCUACAUAUAUGAAGCAUUCAGCUAUCCUCAGUCCACUAUAGACAAUCACCUAAAGUUACGAUUCAAAAAAAUCCAACACGAUCUCAUCCUCAGAGAAAAACGCACAAAAAGUAAGAAGAAGGAUCCCGAGGAGUUCCGAAAGGAUGAGAAAAAAGUGGGAAAGAUGAGAUACUUUAAAGAUGUAGCGGGUUAUAGUGGUGUGUUUAUCUGUGGGGCCUAUCCCCACUGGAUAUUUGUCACCUCACGGGGAAGUCUUCGGAUCCACCCCAUGGGGAUAGAUGGUCCGGUCUGGUGCUUCUCUGAAUUCCAUAACGUCAACUGUCCCCAUGGAUUUUUAUACUUCAACAAAAUGGGAGAGCUCAGAAUCAGUGUCCUUCCCACUCACCUGACUUAUGAUGCCCCCUGGCCAGUCCGUAAGGUCCCCCUGAGAUGUACCCCACACUUUGUAGCCUACCACUUUGAGAGCAAGAUCUAUGCAGUGGUGACAAGCGUCCCAGAAAUCUGUAAUAAACUUCCAAAGACCACCACAGAAGAAAGAGAGUGGGACGUCAUCGAGAAAGAUGAGAGAUUCAUUCACCCCACCAUUCCUCGUUUUACGUUACAACUCUACAGUCCCACAUCAUGGGAAGUUGUUCCAAACACAAAAAUUGAUUGUGAAGAGUGGGAACAUGUAAUAUGUAUGAAAACCAUCCGCCUGAGAUCUGAAGAAACCUUGUCAGGGUUCAAGUCCUACAUCGUCAUGGGAACAAAUCUGUCACUUGGGGAGGAGUGUACUUCCAGAGGAAGGGUGAUCAUAGCAGAUAUCAUAGAAGUUGUGCCUGAGCCAGGCAUGCCUUUAACCAAACACAAAAUAAAGACUGUUUAUGAAAAAGAACAGAAGGGUCCAGUGACUGCAAUAGCUGAUAUCAAUGGUCUCCUGAUCACAGCUAUAGGGCAAAAGUUAUACAUAUGGCAGCUAAAAGACAAUGAUCUGAUGGGUGUGGCCUUCAUUGACACCCAGAUCUACAUCCACACACUAGUCACCAUUAAACACAUCAUCCUGGCUGGGGACAUUCUCAAAAGCAUCUCUGUCUACCAGUACCAGGAGGAGUACAAAGUCCUCUCCAUUGUCAGUAGGGAUCCUAGGCCAUUAGAGGUAUAUACAACAGAUUUUCUGAUUGACAACACACAUCUUUGCUUUGUUGUGGCUGACAGAAUGAAGAAUCUUGUUGUGUAUGCUUAUCAACCAGAAGCCAGAGAAAGCCAUGGUGGACAGAGAUUGAUUCGUAAGGCAGACUUUAAUUCUGGUUCCCACAUCAACAGUAUGUUCCGGGUGAGGUGUAAGCUCUACGAUCCGUCCUCAGAUAAACGAAUGACCGGGGCCUCAGAGAAGAGACACAUCACUUAUUUUGCAACACUGGAUGGCAGCUUAGGUUUUAUCUUACCUCUGUCUGAGAAGGUAUACAGAAGAUUGUUCAUGUUACAAAACGCUCUGGUCACCCACAUACCUCAUGUGGCAGGCCUCAAUCCACGAACAUAUAGACAUGUUGUUUCAACAUUUCCUGAACUCAGAAAUCCCCAGAAAAAUAUUCUUGAUGGAGAGCUCUUGUGGAAAUACACAAACUUAAGUAUCAUGGAAAAAAUAGAGAUAGCCAAACGACUGGGCACAUCAAAUGAACAGAUCAUGGACGAUUUAAUGGAAAUUGACAGACUCACUGCCCAUUUCUGAUUCCACAAACCCAGGAUCA